AAUUAAUUUUAGUUUUAUUGAAAGAAAUGUGGCAUUCUGUGACAAUGGUGGAGGUGAGACAACAGGGUUGUUUUUGUUACUAAUAAUCACAAUUGUGUUCACGCUCACAAAACAAUCAAUGCUGAAGUAGGAACUCAUAAAGAAAACAAAGUAUGUGUCCUUACGUGAUACUAUAUACAGUUUAUAGACUAGACAUGCAAAUAAAGAAUAGAAAAAACACCGCUGAUGACUAACAACACAACAUUUAUUCUUGAAAGACUAUUUAAAUAUAAUAUAUAUAGUGCUGAUACAAUCUAAUAGACGUAUUAACACAGGUGAUUUAAUUGAUGAUACUUGAUACCAGAGCAUUGAUGAAAAAAAAAUGUAAAAAGGAUAACACGUUAAAGGUCUGAGCUACAGAGAGGAUAAGCAGAGUGGUGCCCCCUCCAUUGAGUAGCAUCAUCUUAUCUGUUUUAUCUGGAGUUCAUGUGGAAGCUUCAUCUUUGGAGACACUCUCUGUUCACCUCUGGUCCAUCCGUACCUUGCUGUGUAGCUUCAGGCCUCUUUUGCCAUCCGUGUCAUAAUGGGUAGAUUCAGGUGAGCAGUCCAGGCCAGCCAACGCCAUGUCACAGCUGGGAGAUGCGGCCAUGAGGGAUUUCGGAGCGGCGGCACCGUACCUGCGGAAGUCGGACCGCGAGCGCCUCGAGGCGCAGACCCGGCCCUUCGACAUGAAGAAGGAGUGCUUUGUGCCCGACCCUGACGAGGAGUACGUCAAGGGGUCCAUCAUCUCCAGGGAGGGGGACAAAGCCACCGUGGAAACGGCCAAGGGAAAGACUGUGACCGUGAAGGACGCAGAUGUCCUUCCUCAGAACCCGCCAAAGUUUGAUAAAAUUGAAGACAUGGCGAUGUUCACCUUCCUUCACGAGCCCGCUGUGCUGUUCAACCUCAAAGAGCGUUACGCAGCCUGGAUGAUCUACACCUAUUCUGGGCUGUUCUGUGUCACUGUCAACCCCUACAAGUGGCUGCCAGUCUACAACCAGGAAGUGGUGGUUGCCUACAGAGGCAAGAAGAGGAGUGAAGCUCCUCCACACAUCUUCUCCAUCUCUGACAACGCCUACCAGUACAUGCUGGCAGACAGGGAGAACCAGUCUAUUCUUAUCACUGGAGAAUCUGGUGCUGGGAAGACUGUCAACACCAAGAGAGUCAUCCAGUACUUUGCCAGCAUUGCUGCAGCUGGGUCCUCUUCAAAGAAGGAUUCAGGUGCUGAGAAAAAGGGAACCCUGGAGGAUCAAAUCAUCCAGGCCAACCCUGCUCUUGAGGCCUUUGGUAAUGCAAAGACCAUCAGAAAUGACAACUCCUCCAGAUUUGGCAAAUUCAUCAGAAUUCACUUUGGUGCAAGUGGAAAACUUGCUUCAGCUGAUAUUGAGACAUAUUUGCUGGAGAAAUCUCGGGUCACCUUCCAGCUGAAGGCAGAGCGAGACUACCACAUUUUCUAUCAGAUCUUAUCUCAAAAGAAACCAGAACUCCUGGAAAUGAUGCUCAUCACCAGUAACCCCUAUGACUACGCCUUCAUCUCCCAAGGAGAAACGACUGUAGCCUCAAUCAAUGAUGCUGACGAACUUGUGGCCACUGAUGAAGCUUUUGAUGUCCUGGGCUUCACUCUGGAUGAGAAGAACAGCAUCUACAAGCUGACAGGUGCCAUAAUGCACUACGGCAACAUGAAGUUCAAGCAGAAGCAGCGUGAGGAGCAGGCAGAGGCUGAUGGCACUGAGGAUGCUGACAAAUCAGCGUACCUGAUGGGCCUGAACUCUGCUGACCUCAUCAAGGGCCUGUGUCACCCGAGGGUCAAAGUAGGAAACGAGUGGGUCACCAAAGGGCAGAGUGUCCAACAGGUGUACUACGCCAUUGGUGCCCUUGCCAAAUCCGUGUAUGAGAAGAUGUUCCUGUGGAUGGUGGUGAGAAUCAACCAGUCCUUGGACACCAAACAACCACGCCAGUACUUCAUUGGAGUGCUGGACAUUGCUGGGUUUGAGAUCUUUGAUUUCAAUACAUUUGAGCAACUCUGCAUCAACUUCACCAAUGAGAAGCUGCAACAGUUUUUCAAUCACCACAUGUUUGUGUUGGAACAAGAGGAGUACAAGAAGGAAGGCAUUGAGUGGGAGUUCAUUGACUUUGGCAUGGACUUGCAGGCUUGUAUUGACCUCAUUGAAAAGCCCAUGGGUAUCAUGUCCAUCCUUGAAGAGGAGUGCAUGUUCCCUAAAGCCAGUGAUGCCACAUUUAAAGCAAAGCUUUAUGACAACCAUCUUGGAAAAUCUGGAAACUUCCAGAAACCAAGAGUAGUGAAAGGCAAAGCCGAGGCCCAUUUCUCCCUGGUUCACUACGCUGGCACUGUGGAUUACAACAUUAACAACUGGCUGGUUAAGAACAAGGACCCUCUGAAUGAGACGGUUGUGGGACUUUACCAGAAAUCAACUGUUAAAUUGCUGUCAAUUCUCUUUGCUAACUAUGCUGGAGCAGAGUCGGAUGGAAAAGGCAAGAGUGGAGGAACUAAGAAGAAGGGCUCCUCUUUCCAAACCGUGUCUGCGUUGCACAGGGAAAAUCUCAACAAGCUGAUGACCAACUUGAGGUCGACUCACCCCCACUUUGUGCGCUGCAUCAUCCCCAAUGAGACCAAGAAUCCUGGGGUGAUGGACAACCCUCUGGUGAUGCACCAGCUGCGCUGUAACGGUGUGCUGGAAGGCAUUAGGAUCUGCAGAAAGGGUUUCCCCAACAGGAUCCUCUAUGGAGACUUCAAACAGAGAUAUCGCAUCCUAAACCCAGCAGCAAUACCUGAAGGGCAAUUUAUUGACAGCAAAAAGGGUGCAGAGAAACUACUUGGAUCUCUUGACAUUGACCAUAGUCAGUACAAAUUUGGACACACAAAGGUAUUCUUCAAAGCUGGUCUGUUGGGUCAACUAGAGGAAAUGAGAGAUGAUCGCCUGGCACUUAUUAUAACGGGAAUACAGGCUAGAUCCCGGGGUCUUCUUGCAAGAAUGGAGUUCCAGAAGAUUGUGGAGCGCAGGGAUGCCUUACUAGUGAUCCAAUGGAAUGUGCGUGCUUUCAUGGUGGUCAAGAAUUGGCCGUGGAUGAAGCUUUAUUUCAAGAUAAAGCCAUUGCUGAGGUCAGCAGAGGCAGAGAAGGAGAUGGCCAACAUGAAGGAAGAAUUCCAGAAAUUGAAAGAGGCCUAUGCAAAAUCUGAGGCUCGCAGGAAGGACCUUGAAGAGAAAAUGGUCACUCUUCUCCAAGAGAAGAAUGAUCUCCAGCUUCAUGUUCAGGCAGAGCAAGAUAAUCUUUGUGAUGCUGAGGAGCGAUGUGAUCAACUGAUCAAGCACAAGAUCCAAAUGGAGGCUAAACUUAAAGAGAUUACAGAGAGGGUUGAGGAUGAGGAGGAGAUGAAUGCUGAACUGACUGCUAAGAAGAGGAAGCUGGAGGAUGAGUGCUCUGAGCUCAAGAAGGACCUUGAUGACCUGGAGCUCACCUUGGCCAAAGUGGAGAAGGAAAAACAUGCCACAGAAAACAAGGUUAAAAAUUUGAUUGAAGAGAUGGCUGGUCUUGAUGACAUUGUUGCCAAGCUGACCAAGGAAAAGAAGGCCCUUCAAGAAGCACAUCAGCAAACACUUGAUGAUCUGCAGAGUGAGGAAGACAAAGUCAACACCCUCAGCAAGGCCAAAUCCAAACUGGAACAGCAAGUGGAUGAUCUUGAGGGAUCUCUGGAGCAGGAGAAGAAGAUAAGGAUGGAUCUGGAAAGAGCCAAGAGAAAGUUGGAGGGUGACUUAAAGUUGGCCCAGGAGAGUGUAAUGGACUUGGAAAAUGAUAAGCAACAACUGGAAGAACGACUGAAGAAGAAGGACUUUGAGAUCAGUCAGCUCAAUGCGAAAAUUGAAGAUGAACAAAUUAUGAGCAUUCAACUCCAGAAAAAAAUGAAAGAGUUGCAGGCUCGUAUUGAGGAACUGGAGGAAGAGCUUGAGGCAGAGCGAGCUGCCAGAGCUAAAGUGGAGAAGCAGAGAGCAGACCUGGCCAGAGAGCUGGAGGAGAUCAGUGAGAGGCUUGAAGAGUCAGGAGGAGCAACUGCUGCCCAGAUUGAGAUGAACAAGAAGAGGGAGGCUGAGUUCCAGAAGCUGCGCAGGGACCUCGAAGAGGUCACUCUGCAACACGAGGCUACAGCCGCCACCCUGAGGAAGAAACAAGCUGACAGUGUGGCCGACCUGGGAGAGCAACUAGACAACCUGCAGAGAGUCAAGCAGAAGCUUGAGAAGGAGAAGAGUGAACUCAGACUAGAGCUGGAUGAUGUCAUCUCAAACAUGGAACAUGUUGUGAAGACAAAGGCGAAUAUGGAAAAAAUUAACAGGACCAUGGAGGACCAGAUGAAUGAGUACAAGGCUAAAUUUGAGGAGGGUCAACGUAGCAUAAAUGACUUCACCAUGCAGAAGGCCAAGCUACAAGCUGAAAAUGGGGAGCUUACAAGACAGUUGGAGGAAAAGGAAUCUCUGGUCUCUCAGCUGACAAGAAGCAAACAGUCCUUCACUCAGCAAGUUGAAGACCUUAAAAGACAGCUGGAAGAGGAAUUCAAGGCCAAGAAUGCCCUGGCUCAUGCAGUGCAAUCUGCUCGUCAUGACUGUGACCUGCUCAGAGAGCAGUAUGAGGAGGAGCAGGAGGCCAAGGCUGAACUGCAGAGGUCCAUGUCCAAGGCCAACUCUGAGGUGGCUACGUGGAGAACCAAGUACGAGACUGAUGCCAUCCAGAGGACAGAGGAACUGGAAGAGGCAAAGAAGAAAUUGACACAGCGCUUGCAAGAUGCAGAGGAGGCUGUUGAAGCUGUAAAUGCAAAAUGUUCUUCAUUAGAGAAGACGAAACAUAGGCUUCAAAACGAGAUCGAAGAUCUCAUGGUAGAUAUAGAGAGAGCCAACGCAGCGGCUGCUGCCCUUGACAAAAAGCAAAGGAACUUUGACAAGGUCUUGGCAGAGUGGAAGCAGAAGUUUGAGGAGUCGCAGACAGAUCUUGAGAGCUCCCAGAAGGAGGCCAGGGCUUUGAGCACAGACCUCUUCAAACUGAAGAAUUCCUAUGAAGAAUCUCUUGAUCACGUGGAGACAAUGAAGAGAGAGAACAAGAACCUCCAAGAGGAAAUCUCAGAUUUGACAGAGCAACUGGCUGAGGGAGGCAAGAGCAUCCAUGAACUGGAGAAGAUCAGAAAGCAGUUGGAACAGGAGAAGAAUGAGAUCCAGUCAGCUCUUGAAGAGGCAGAGGCAUCCCUGGAGCACGAGGAAGGUAAGAUCCUAAGGGCCCAGCUUGAGUUCAACCAGUUUAAGGCUGACAUGGAGCGCAAGCUGGCUGAGAAGGACGAGGAGAUGGAGCAGUCAAAGAGGAACCUUCAAAGGACCGUCGACACCCUGCAGAGCUCCCUGGAGUCAGAGACGCGCAGCAGGAACGAGGCGCUCAGGAUCAAGAAGAAGAUGGAGGGAGACCUCAAUGAGAUGGAGAUCCAGCUGAGUCAAGCAAACAGGCAGGCAGCAGAGGCCCAGAAGCAGCUCAAGGUUGUUCAGGCGCAUCUGAAGGAUGCUCAGCUGCAGUUGGACGACUCCCUGAGGAGCAAUGAUGAUCUUAAGGAGAACAUUGCCAUCGUGGAGAGGCGUAACAACCUGCAACAGGCAGAGCUGGAGGAACUAAGGACUAUGCUGGAGCAGGCCGACAGAGGCCGCAAACUGGCUGAGCAGGAGCUGCUGGAUACCAGUGAGAGGGUUCAACUACUCCAUGCACAGAACACCGGCCUCCUGAACCAGAAGAAGAAGCUGGAGAAUGACACCACUCAGCUCCAGACGGAGGUGGAGGAAGCCGUCCAGGAGUGCAGGAACGCUGAGGAGAAGGCCAAGAAGGCCAUCACUGAUGCGGCCAUGAUGGCUGAGGAGCUGAAGAAGGAGCAGGACACCAGCGCUCACCUGGAGCGCAUGAAGAAGAACAUGGAGCAGACCAUCAAGGACCUGCAGCACCGCCUGGAUGAGGCUGAGCAGAUUGCCAUGAAAGGAGGCAAGAAGCAACUGCAGAAGCUGGAGGCCAGGGUCAGGGAACUGGAGAAUGAGGUUGAAUCCGAACAGAAGAAGAGCAGUGACGCCGUCAAGGGAAUUCGGAAAUAUGAAAGACGCAUCAAAGAGCUGACAUACCAGACUGAGGAGGACAAGAAGAACCUCGCCCGUCUGCAAGAUCUGGUGGACAAGCUACAGCUGAAGGUCAAGGCCUACAAGAGAUCUGCCGAGGAGGCUGAGGAGCAGGCCAACACCAAUCUCGGCAAGUUCCGGAAGCUUCAGCAUGAGCUGGAUGAGGCCGAGGAGAGAGCCGACAUUGCUGAGUCUCAAGUCAACAAGAUGCGUGCCAAAAGCCGGGAUGUGGGUGCUAAGAAAGGACAUGAUGAGGAGUGAAGCUCCGAUAUGUCUACUGGAGACUCCACGCUGCGCCAGAGUCUCUUUUGAGUUAACUUAUUUGUGUUCAAGACACUUAUAA